GGCCGAGCCGCUCUCACUGCCGCACCGUCCGCGGGCCCCUCAGCGCGGCGGAGCCGGCCCCGCCAUGGUGAAGAAGCGGAAAGGCCGGGUCCUCAUCGACUCCGACACCGAGGACAGCGGCAGCGAGGAGAACCUGGACCAGGAGCUCCUGUCAUUGGCCAAACGGAAACGCAGUGACUCCGAGGAGAAAGAGCCACCUGUUAGCAAACCAACAGCUUCUUCAGAUUCUGAGACCUCAGACAGUGAUGAUGAGUGGACUGUUGGAGGUUCUAAAAACAAAAAGAAGGGAAAAGCUGGCAAAGUAGAGAAGAAGGGAGCUAUGAAGAAACAGAUGAACAAAGCUGCCUCCUCAGGCAGCUCAGACAAAGAGAGCUCAGCUGAGAGUUCAGCACCUGAAGAGGGUGAAGUGUCUGAUUCAGAGAGCAACAGCUCCUCCUCCAGCUCAGAUUCAGAUUCAUCAUCUGAAGAUGAGGAGUUCCACGAUGGUUAUGGGGAAGACCUGAUGGGAGAUGAGGAGGACAGAGCUCGGCUAGAACAGAUGACAGAGAAGGAGAGGGAACAGGAGCUAUUUAACCGGAUAGAGAAGAGGGAAGUGCUGAAGAGAAGAUUUGAAAUUAAGAAGAAACUAAAAACAGCAAAAAAGAAAGAAAAAAAGGAGAAAAAGAAAAAGCAAGAGGAAGAGCAGGAGAAGAAAAAGCUCUCACAGAUCCAGGAAUGCCAGGUGAUGUCACACAACAAAGAACGACGGUCAAAGCGGGAUGAGAAACUGGAUAAGAAAUCUCAGGCCAUGGAGGAACUGAAAGCAGAGAGAGAGAAAAGGAAGAACAGAACAGCUGAGUUGCUUGCAAAAAAACAGCCAUUAAAAACUAGUGAAGUAUACUCAGAUGAUGAAGAGGAAGAAGAGGAUGAUAAGUCUAGUGAGAAGAGUGAUCGCACAUCCAGAUCAUCCUCAUCUGAUGAGGAGGAAGAAAAAGAAGAAAUUCCUCCCAAAUCCCAGCCAGUCUCCUUACCCGAAGAACUGAAUCGGGUACGGUUAUCUCGGCAUAAACUGGAGCGUUGGUGUCAUAUGCCCUUCUUUGCCAAGACAGUCACCGGCUGCUUUGUGCGUAUCGGCAUUGGGAACCACAACAGUAAACCUGUCUAUCGGGUUGCUGAAAUCACUGGUGUUGUAGAAACUGCAAAGGUUUACCAGCUUGGGGGUACCAGGACAAAUAAAGGACUACAGUUACGACAUGGCAGUGACCAGCGUGUGUUUCGUCUGGAGUUUGUCUCAAAUCAGGAAUUUACUGAAAGUGAGUUCAUGAAGUGGAAGGAAGCGAUGUUCUCUGCUGGGAUGCAGUUGCCUACACUAGAUGAGAUAAACAAGAAGGAAGUGUCCAUCAAAGAAGCCCUCAACUACAAAUUUAAUGACCAAGACAUUGAGGAGAUUGUGAAAGAGAAAGAGAGGUUCCGAAAAGCCCCUCCCAACUAUGCCAUGAAGAAAACUCAGCUAUUAAAGGAGAAGGCUAUGGCAGAGGACUUGGGGGACCAGGACAAGGCAAAACAGAUUCAAGAUCAGCUUAAUGAACUGGAAGAAAGAGCAGAGGCCCUGGACCGCCAGCGGACAAAAAACAUUUCUGCAAUCAGUUACAUCAACCAGAGGAAUAGAGAAUGGAACAUUGUGGAGUCCGAGAAGGCUCUAGUGGCUGAAAGUCACAAUAUGAAAAACCAGCAAAUGGACCCUUUUACUAGGCGGCAGUGCAAGCCCACAAUAGUUUCCAAUUCCAGGGAUCCUGCUGUCCAAGCUGCCAUCCUCGCCCAACUAAAUGCAAAAUAUGGAUCUGGUGCUUUACCGGACGCUCCAAAGGACAUGGGCAAGGGUCAGGGGAAGGACAAAGACGUGAAUUCGAAAUCAGCUAGUGACCUCUCAGAGGACCUGUUCAAAGUGCAUGACUUUGAUGUGAAGAUUGAUCUCCAGGUUCCCAGCUCAGAGUCUAAGACGCUUGCUAUCACCUCCAAAGCUCCACCAGCAAAAGAUGGUGCCCCUCGGCGAUCAUUGAACCUGGAAGACUACAAGAAAAGGCGGGGGCUUAUUUGAGCAUACCCACUCCGCUGCUUCCGAUCCUGCAUGCUCCAUGAUGAUGUCCCAACUUCUCUUCUCUUCCUCCCUUUUCAGUUUCCCUUCUGGGUUGGAGCAGCAAUGGAGCUGGGAAGAGACUCUUUAAAACUGCCAGUCAUCUGUAACAU